AUGUGUGCCCAUGUCAGUGAUGACCAGGGUUUCAUGUGGCCUCUCACCCCUGCUAGCGCAGGUUUUGGAGAUGGCUUGCUGUCCACUUCACCUGAACUAGCCGUGUGCCAGGCUCCAGGCAAGGCUGCCAGCUCCACUCAGCAGAGCGCCAGGGCCAUGGACCAGGCAUUCAGGCCAGCACCCCCGGCCCUGGCACCCCCGCUGGAAGCUGCGGCAGCAUCCACCGGGAGUGGCCCAGCUGCCGGCACAGCUCUGAGUCCAUCAGGACCUGCUAAGGCUGCCAGGGGCACCCUGCGCUCUGCAGAUGCUCCGCUCCCCGAGAAGGAAAUCCCGUACCCCGCAGAGCCAGCCCGGGCAGGGCUUCCCUCGGGGGCCCCGUUCCACGUCCGCUCACCUCCCGCCGCGCCUGCUGUGGCCCCUCUGACACCAGCCAGCCUGGGCAAGGCGGAGCCCCUCACCAUCCUGAGCCGAAACGCCACGCACCCGCUGCUACACAUCAACACGCUGUACGAGGCCCGGGAGGAGGAGGAAGGGGGCCCCCGCCUGCCUCAGGACGUGGGGGACCUCAUCGCCAUCCCUGCCCCGCAGCAGAUCCUCAUCGCCACCUUCGACGAGCCGAGAACGGUCGUGAGCACUGUGGAGUUUUGAGGGAUGGCACCGCCCAGGCCGUCAGAGCCCCUCCAGAUGCCUCCCGGCGGACACCAGCCCUGCGUGGACGUGGCCUCUGCUUCGACCGCACUGCCCACAUCCCCAACCUCCGUCCGCAUGCCUGGGGCCCCCACCCCACCCGCUCCACAGGGGAACCCGCCCCGACGGCAUCGCCAGGCACUGGCUGGGGCGGGAGAAGGUGGCCCCGUGGAGCCGGUGGCCAGGAAGGCUGAAGCCGGCCUCCCAUGCUCCUGCAUCAGGCGCCCAGCCGUGGGUGGGGGCCUCCAGAUGAAGAGUUUAUUUUUGUAGUCCGUUUCGUCCUGGCCCCGGGCUGUGGCGGAUCAGCCCAGCUCCCCCAGCCCAGAGCCAGGGAAGAGGAAGGUGGAGCCGGUCCCACCAGUGGGGUGGCCACGCCCAUGGGGUCACGUGCUCAGGGGUCACCCCCUGCAGGGACCUGAUGCCCUCGGGUGGGAGGGACCGAGGUCCACCCUCGGGUCAAAGAUCAACAUGCACUUUCUCCUUGUCGCCUGACAUACAUUUUAUUUUACUAAGACUGCUGUACCGAACAAGCAUAUUUAUCAUCAGGAGACUUAGGAUGGGUUUAAAGCAGGAUGGUGUGUGUGUGUGAACGGGCAUGAGCAGAGGUGGGCGUGAGCAAGCGGGUGUGUAUGUACGAGUCUGCACGUGUGUGCAUGUGCACAGAGGGUGUGGUGCCAGCUUGGGUGGGAUUGUGUGUGAGCAGGCGGGUGAGUGAGCGAGUGCACGCUGGCGCGUGGCCCAUGUAUGAGGAGGGAAGCAGCCCAACGCAAUAACCACGUCCCCCACCCGGGCCCCCUGCCGUGGCUGAGGCCACACGGCUUCCUGUGGGAGCCCCGGCUGGCACCCGGCUGGUCCCACCCUGAAUACCUCAGCCGUGGAGGCCAUGUGAUGCAGAAUUAACAAGGUAGCACCGAGCAUAUCAAUAAAUAUUAUUCUGAUAA